UAAAGAUUACAGACGCUUCUAAAUACUGUUUGACUGGUUCCUCUGUUGCAGAGUCACACUAAGCUCACAGUGGACGCUGCUCUUCAGGGCGACACCAAGGCAUGCAUUAGCAACUAGGCACAAAAGAUUUCAAGUCAAAGCAGAGGCUUCCUUUUAUAGAUUUAGUGUAUUGUGCUAAAGUAACUUUUUUUCUCCUCUCGAGCUUAAUUUUUUUUUCUUGCAAUGGGUCAGUCAGAGUCUUACGAGAAGGAGAUGGAGCUCUCUGAAAUUCAAAGUCUGUACAAAAGCUUUAUUAUGGAGUGUCCAAGUGGGUCACUAUACCUGCAUGAAUUCAAGAAAAUUUUUGGGGUUAAAAGUGGACCGAAUCCUGCAUCCAUAUAUUUGGAUAAUGUGUUCAAAUCAUUUGACGAGAAUGGGGACAACACACUGGAUUUUAUUGAAUAUGUGGCAGCUCUACACCUUGUGCUCCGAGGGAAGCUAGAAGACAAACUCCGAUGGUCCUUUAAGGUUUUCGACAAUGACGGCAAUGGACGACUGGAUGGAGAUGAGAUAGCACGCAUCAUAAGGAUUAUUUACAAGAUCAAACUAGGCAAUGUUACAGAUGAAAGUGGAAACAGCCUUUCUGUGGAAGAAGUAUGUACCAGAGUAAUCGAGCGCAUCGAUGAGAAUAAUGAUGGUGACAUUUCUCUGGAGGAGUUUCUGGAAGGUGCUCAGAGAGACACCUGGGUCAAAGAUUUCCUAAGCCUGGAUGCAAACCCCAGCUGUUGGAUACAAAAAUCAACAACAGGUCAAAGAGGCGAGUGAGAUAUAAGGCCACUCUAGGUUGGAUACACACCCACAGAACAUUUUCUUCACCAAGCACAGAAAUGGAGUAUGGGGACAAAUUGAUAAUUUCUGUUGGGAAACAUCAACCCAUAUUUGGGUGAAGUCAUGACUGUGUCUGGAAAACAUGUGGCUUAUGAAUUAAUUUGUCCCUCUGUGAACCUGAAUGGCCUUUAAAUAACAUGACACUUUAUUGACAGGUGUAAUCAUCUAUGCUGCAAGGCAAAAGUUUGGAGACACCUAGCUUUUAAAAAUGUCUUUAAUACAUAUGGGACAUAUCAUUGCUGUCACUCAGUC